CGGGAGACGAUGAGGAUGGUGAUGACAAUGGAGGGAGAUGGGGACGAGCCAACAGGUGCAACUUCCACCAAGUGAUUGAUUGACUGAAGCGCUGUGAACCGGGCGGUGGUGGGUGUGUGGUACGAGCUGCAUACCGGCAUCGUAAUCUAUCUCAUGAUGGCAUGGUCUAUUUGUUCCCCCUUUCCUUUUUUCCUCCCUAUCCUCGUCUUCUCUUCUCUCCCAAUCCCUGCAGUGCGCCUCAGCCGCAGACUUGGAAGGUGUUGAUGAGACAAUACAUAUUAUUUGUCAACUAUUCAGUAGUUCCUUUUUUUUUUUUCUUAACUCUCUGCAGUGAUGUUGAUUAUUCUCCGUAUUGUCCAGUACAUUGCCUUUCUCCCCCAGUCCCAUUAUUCUGUCUCUCCUUUUCUCUUGGAGUUGAUAUCUCCAUUUCAAUUUAUGUACUACUUGUCGUAUCGAGUCCACUUUCUUAUCGCCCGUCGCCCGUUUCAAUCCUUCCUUCCCCGUCUCCCGCACCGUUAAUCAUGUGUAUUUCGAUUGAAAUUAGGGAAUUGAUCUGAUCCUUUUGACUUUGGAAAAUGAGGAUGGGUCGAUCCCGCCGAAAGUGGUUACCCACUCGUGCUGUCCCCAGCAAGCCAACAUAGCCAUGGUGGCUAACCCAGUAUGAUCACCCUGCAGAGAAUGAUCAUCAA